CUAUCUAUGUGCGUGCUUAAGUUGUAAACAACGAAUUAACACAGGAGCACGUAAAGUAGCAAUUCGAAAGGAAAGGCGAGGGUAAUAGUGUCAUUUCUCUGAUCCACCACCACCGCCGCCGCACCAGUUUCUUCAUCUCUGAAAUUGAGAAAUCGGGAGAGGAGAAGAUAAGAUCAAACUUAAUUUCGCUUUUUUUGAGUCAUUUUUGGGAAAGAUCUAAGUAGUAGUUGGAUUCGUUGAACGCAAGUGGAUUUGGUACGAUUCAUCUGGUUUCCUUAGCUAUAUUGAUAGAAUCCGCGAGCUCGAUUUUGGUAGGAAUUAGGGCUUCGUUCGUGUUUUCAGGUAAAGAGAGAGAGAGAGAGAGAGAUAGAGAGAAUCAAUGACGGAGGUUGUUCUGCACAUAUACGAUGUGACCAACAGUGGAUCGGAGAAGACUAACAACACCAUUGUUCAGAUCAAUAGGUUCUUUAAAGACGGGAUCGGUCUAGGCGGCAUAUUCCACAGCGCUCUUCAGGUAUAUGGAGAUGAUGAAUGGUCUUACGGGUAUUGUGAACAAGGAACUGGUGUAUUCAGCUGUCCCAGUGGCAAGAAUCCAAUGUAUACGUAUCGUGAGAAAAUUGUCCUUGGGAAGACAGAUUGCACAAUCUUCAUGGUGAAUCAGAUGUUGCGUGAGCUCAGCAGGGAAUGGCCAGGACACACUUAUGAUUUGUUGUCAAAAAACUGCAAUCACUUCUGCGAUUUACUCUGUGACAAGCUUGGUGUGCCAAAGAUCCCAGGUUGGGUGAAUCGUUUUGCCAAUGCUGGUGACACAGCCUUGGAAGUGGCAGGAAACACGGCAAUGCGGAUGAAGCAAGCCAAAACAGAACUUGUGUCAGCUAGUAAAGUGGCUUAUCGCUUCCUCUCAAAUGUUACCUCGAACGUGACCAAUGGGUCCAAUGGCUCUCCACAGCGAACCGGAACUCUCAACAAUUCAGAUAAUGGGAACUUCAAACUGCAAGGUAGUUGGUUCAAAGGCAUACUUAACACUGCCAAACCCUCCACAAGUACAGAGAUAGGGCACAAAGAUGAAGAUGCAAAUCAUGCAAUCACCAAUCAGAAAAAACAAAGCAGGGACUCUGAUGUUCUACUGUUUUAGUAGCAACCAUCGCAGUGCAUAUCCCACCAGUCCAAAAGAUACCCGCACUAUUCUCCCGUUCUGUAAUCUUUACUUUGUAUCAACGUUGAACCCAUCAUUUUUUCCAAAUUUUUUAUAUCAGCGUGUGCUUUUGUUAAGAUCA